GUGACCGCUUCACAUUUAUAAGUUCCUAUAAUUCAGAGUAAGGCAGGGCGCUCACUUUCCCCGGGGUGAUGACUUCCUCCCGGUAGACGUCCAGUGACUUCCGCUCCUGCGCACUUCCUGUGAGGAUCCCGGUGAGGCCCGGACAUGGACGUGCUGGAGGGACUGUUCGGUAGCGAUGCAGAGUCCGACAAUGAGCAGAAAAGGAACGAAGACUCGGACUCUGGAUCUGGCUCUGACUCCGAACCAAGGAACGCCGCCGGCUCAGUGAGCAAUGCCUCUGCUAGUGACAGUGAUCGGGAGGAGGAUGAUGAUGGACAUGCUGCUUUAAAACCCAGCAACAGGGAACUGUUUGGAGAUGACAGUGAGGAUGAAGCUGGGUCCCAACACAGUGGGAGCUACAACCGCUCAGAGAGGUCUGAUAAUCAGUCUGAAGGGAACGCCCACUCCGAUCAGGAAGACAAUGACCAGUCAGACGCUGAACAGCACAGUGGCUCUGAAAACUUUCAGGAUGAAGAUGAUGAUAGAGGACACAGAUCAGACCGUAGCAGCCACCACUCUGAUGCCGAAGGGUCAGAAAAAGAGGCCCAUUCUGAAGAUGAAAAAUGGGGCAGGGAGGAUAAAAGUGACCAGUCUGAUGAUGAGGAGAAAAUUCAGAACUCAGAUGAUGAAGCACAACAUUCAGAUGAUGAGAGGAAUAUGAGAUCAGAUGAAGAGAUGCACAGGCAGUCAGAGGGAGAAGACAAUGACCACCAUCAGUCUGAUGAGGAUCGCCGGCAUCAUUCAGAUGACGAUGACAAUGAGCAAAGACAUUCUGACGAUGACAGACAGCAUUCAGAUGGAGAAGAACAGGACCAGCAACGAUCUGAUGACGAUGAGCCAAAGCUUCAACAUUCAGAGGACGAACAGGAGCGACAGCGGUCAGAUGACGAACAGGAGCGACAGCGGUCAGAUGAUGAGCGACAGCGGUCAGAUGACGAACAGGAGCGACAGCGGUCAGAUGAUGAGCGACAGCGGUCAGAUGACGAACAGGAGCGACAGCGGUCAGAUGAUGAGCAGCAGCAUUCUGACGAUGACGACCAAGAGCGCCGCUAUUCAGACGAUGAGCAAAGACAACAUUCAGAUGAUGAACCGGAGAGCCAUCGCUCUGAUGAUGAGCCGCAGCAUUCGGAUGGUGAAGAGCAAGAACGCAGAUCAGUAUCCGCAAAAGGCAGUGACAGUGAAGAGGAGAUCGUGCGCCAGAGGCCGAAAAAGAAGAAAAGGCAGUCGGACUCUGAGAUGGAUAGCGAUGGGGAAACACCCAAAGCGGGGAAGAAAGGUGCUUCUGACUUGUUUGGAGAUGCAGAUGAUAUUUCUUCAGACAGUGAUGGUGGAGAGAAGCCUCCAACGCCAGGCCAACCAAUGGAUGACGAUGGGAUGGACCACGAUCGUCCAGAGGAGGAACCUGUUCCUGAGACUAGAAUAGAAGUUGAGAUUCCUAAAGUGAACACAGACCUUGGAAAUGACUUGUAUUUUGUGAAGCUUCCCAACUUUCUUAGUGUUGAGCCCAGACCCUUUGAUCCACAAUAUUAUGAGGAUGAAUUUGAAGAUGAAGAAAUGUUGGAUGAAGAAGGAAGAACUAGGCUAAAACUAAAGGUAGAAAAUACCAUCAGAUGGCGAACCCGCAGGGACGAAGAAGGGAAUGAUAUCAGGGAGAGUAAUGCGCGUAUUGUCAAGUGGUCUGAUGGCAGUAUGUCCUUACACUUGGGUAAUGAAGUAUUUGAUGUGUACAAAGCUCCUUUACAAGGGGACCACAACCAUCUCUUUAUCAGACAAGGAACAGGUUUACAAGGUCAGGCUGUAUUCAAGACCAAGCUGACAUUCAGGCCUCAUUCCACAGACAGCGCUACUCACAGGAAGAUGACCUUGUCCCUUGCAGACAGAUGUUCUAAGACCCAAAAGAUCAGAAUUCUUCCAAUGGCAGGGCGUGAUCCAGAAUCUCAGAGAACAGAAAUGAUUAAGAAAGAAGAAGAGAGACUAAAAGCCUCAAUCCGCAGAGAAUCCCAGCAACGCAGAAUCAAGGAAAAGCAGCAUCAGCGUGGCCUGAGCGCCAAUUACCUGGAGCCUGACCGCUAUGAUGAUGAGGACGAAGGAGAAGAGUCCAUAAGUCUGGCAGCCAUCAAGAACAGAUAUAAAGGAGGAAGAGAGGAAAGAGCACGUAUCUAUUCAUCAGAUAGUGAUGAAGGGUCAGAUGAUGACAAAGCCCAGAGACUACUUAAAGCAAAGAAGCUGAACAGCGAUGAGGAGGAAGAAGGAGAACCAUCAAACAAGAGAAAAGCGGAAGACGACGACAAAGCCAACAAAAAGCCCAAGAAAUAUGUCAUUAGUGAUGAGGAGGAUGAAGAUGAGGAUUUGUAACAUGUGUAAAUAUAUUUUUCAUGUUGUACAUAGACUGAAUUCUGUUCAUUAAAUAAAUUUACAAAAUACUAAA